AUGAAAGGAGUUUUGCGAUUUGGUAACAAGGGGAAGCUAAGUCCAAGAUUCAUUGGACCAUUUGAAGUUUUAAAAAGAGUCGGACCAGUAGCGUAUCGCUUGGCACUUCCACCGGAUCUCUUGGGAGUUCAUCCAGUUUUUCAUAUUUCGAUGCUUCAGAAGUAUCUUCACGACCCUUCUCAUGUGAUUAAUCAUGAAGACGUACAGUUAGAUGGGAGUCUAUCGUACGUUGAACAUCCAAUAGCUAUAUUAGAUCGCCAAGUGAGACGUUUACACUCAAAGGAUAUCGUUUCAGUAAAAGUUCUUUGGCGUGGUCCAUCCAGCGAAGAAACUACUUGGGAACCCGAAGAAGUCAUCUGUGUAAAGCACCCAUACUUAUGCUGA